UUUUGGGUUCUGGGCAACGCUGUCUCUGACCGCUUCAACCAAUUCAUUGGAACGUCUUGGUCGUUGAUGACCGGUAUGUUGAGGAUCUCCCACUGUCCCGUACUCAAGAAAAUUCUAAACCAAUCGACGGACGCUGCCUGUUUGCCACGAUAUUUUCGACGAUAUGCACGUUGCGUUAACACAACUGAACGACGAUUUUCAAUGACUAAAAUUGUAGUAAAUUGACGGUACAGAAAC